AUGCUUGAGACCCAACUUUCACAAGUAGCCCAAACCACCUUUGCACAAGUUGUACCUGGAAGACAAUUCCUUGGACAAACUCAACCCAAUCCCAAAGGCCAAGCAAAUUCUAUCACCUUGAGAAGUGGAACCGCUUAUGAAGGACCUAGAAAUCCUAACCUAAGCACAUCAGAAAAACCUAAGGAAGAUGCUGAACCGAAGGACCAGGUAGAGGAACCAGAGAAACCCGAAAAGCAUUCAAAACCAGAGGUAGAGAAUAGCACACCACAACCUUACAAGCCACCUAUUCUGUUCCCACAAAGGUUGAAAAACACCAAAACAGAAAACCAAUUCCAAAAGUUCAUUAAGGUAAUAGAGAAACUCCACGUAGAAAUCCCUUUUACCAAAGCAAUAACCCAGAUACCUUCAUAUGCUAAGUUCUUGAAGGAUAUUUUGUCCAACAAACGGCGACUCGACGAUCCCAAACCUUUAGAAUGCCAUUCCAUAUCCAAGAAUAAACUUGCCAAGAAAGACAAAGAUCCUGGAAGUUUUUCUAUCCCUUGCGUCCUAGGAAAUCAUAUGAUAGACAAAGCAUUUUUAGACCUAGGAGCAAGCGUAAGUCCGAUGCCUUUGGUAGUCUGUAAGAGGUUAAAACUAGGAGAAAUUCAACCUACUAAGAUGUUAUUACAACUAGCCGAUAGAUCUAUCAAAUACCCCAUGGGUAUUUUAGAAGACAUACCUAUCAAAAUUGGUCAGUUAUACAUUCCGACCGACUUCGUAGUUAUGGAUAUCAAAGAAGAUGAUGACAUCCCAAUCCUCCUAGGCAGACCAUUCAUGUCGAUCACCGGAGCUAUAAUAGAUGUUAAGAUAGGGAAGCUGACUUUUGAGGUAGGAGAUGAAAAGAUCGAGUUCAUUCUAUCAAAUUUCUAA